AUGGCGAAUUACAACGUCGGCAAAUCCUCCAGUGGAAUGCUGGAGGGAUGUCACAGGACAAAAAUGAUCCAAGUCCAGAAACUCCUACAGACCGAAGAUAUGGACUUUUUCACAAUAACGGAAGCAAACCUUUCGGUAGACUUACUGAAAUACUACCGAUUCCCAGGUUACACAUUGUACCUUCUACCUAAAUACCGGCAAGUAGCUAGUGGAAUUCUGACUGGAGUAAAAGAAGUCCUCAAAUCAUAUUACGAUCUAAUCAAGAGUGUAUGCUCGACAUAUGCUAAGAAAUCCAUUCCAUGUGGAAAGACUAAUCACUAUCAAGUGUUUUGGUCUGAACACCUCGAGGAACUGAAAAGAAAGUGGGACGCCCUUCGCAACACUGUUGAUCAGACUGAAAGGACGAAAAAGGAUCAAGUCUGUAGACGACAAUCAGCUGUGCCAAGUCAAGCCAUCUUACCAGCUAAACGAACGUCCUUCAACAAGUUCAUCUCAAAUAUCAACUGCCAAAGUGAUAGCCAACGCACUUUCUAA